AUGGGUCUCGACUACAACAAGGUCAACGCGAGCAGCAACAAUUACAGGAAGAUGCAAAUCCAAGUCGAGCCUUUCGGCCCGCAAACGCCGCGCGAUAUGCCCGACCGGCCACGAGAGCAGUUCCGAGGACGAGGGCGUGGUAUCCGUGGUGGAAUAGGACUGGGACGCACUACGCCUUCAAGCGGAGCGCGUACGCCGACAACAGGACUUGGAUCUGGAUCGCGUCGCCACCCAGCUAUCAUUCUCGAUGGCGUAGUUACCUGGGGCGGCGGCUGGGCGCCGUUAUUCAUCAAGGCUGGCGAGCUCUUCCGUGACGGAGAGGUGGACGUGAAGGACGAGGAAGACCCGGCCGGCGACGCGGGGGUUCUCCUCGAGCAUUGGCCGAGGGCAAACGAUGCUGCAGCUUUCAUGUUUGGAAGCAAUACCUCCGUGUCUCUGCGGUGCUCGGUGACUGUCCCUCUCCGAAAAUUCUCCCUUCCCGCUAGAGCGAGUGCCGACCGGAGUGGUUGGAUUAAUCUGAGCGCGUUGAGCGGAGACCUUGUCAAAGACGUCGUGAUCGAAGACACUGAAGACGAUAUCGGAGAGAGUGCGCCCGUCAGCUCUGCACAGAGCGAAGAUGAAGCUGGACCCCCUAGUGGUCUUCCUUCUGGUGACGAUGAGGAGCCGGAAGCGGCCAUGGACGAGAGCGACACAUCUACAGUCACUGAGGACGACACUGCUCCGGCCGCUGAGUUUGAAGAUGACGAAGGACUCGUCAGGGUUGUCCAGACGCAAGUCUCCGUUGUGCAGGCCGAGGCCGUUCCCGUCGAUGACGAGGUGCUCAUCGAGACAACGAGCGCAGUCGCAACCGAGGUGCACCAGGUGCCUGACAAUGAUGCCACAUCGUCGUCCCCGAUCAACGACGAAGAGGGCGCAGAGGACACUACCCUCGCAUUGGACUCUGCCGCGGACGCAGAUGCUUCCGACCUCUUCUUCGUCGACGACACCGGCGCCGACGCCACCAUGUCCUACGACCGACCGCUGUACGAUACUACCGCGUCUACCGCCCCCAUCGGGUCGGCCGCCCCUCCCACCGACGAUGUGGAAGACAUCGUGUUCCGGCCGCAGCUCAUUGCCGAUCCCGUGGCUUCUCUCCCAUCUGCUUCCACGUCACGACCCCAAGUUUCUACCGACUUCGAGCUGAGCUCGGUGUACAUCGACCCGCGCAUCGGCAUGAGCCGCAAGGAGAAGAAGGCCGCGAAGCGUGCCAAGCGUGCCAGCCGUAAGAGCCGCAAGCGCCAAGAAGCCCGCAUGCGUGCCGACUCGGAUGUCGACUGGGGCUCCGACAUGGAGGCCGCCGGCGUCGUCGGGGUCGAGGUCGAUGAGCUCGGUGAGCGCUUUGCUUCGGCUGGACUUGACGACGAAGACCAGCAGCUGGAGGAAGACGUCGACUCCGAACUCGACUACGAGGCUAUGGCGCGCUUCAGCCGCGGCAUUGGCUUCGGACAGGGCACGGGCGGCGAACUCGGCGUCGAUGUCGAGACCGAUUCGGACGAGUACGAGGAGUUACCUGCCAAGGGCAAAGCUCCUAUCAGGGACCCGUUCAGAGCCGCGUCUUCGAACAUCAACUCCUCUGACGAGGAGGACGACAGUGACAGCGACGAAGCCGACGACAGCAAUGUUAACUCCUUCGGCGCGCUGCAAGAAGCAUAUGAUCAGCAAGAGGAAUCUCCAGAUGAAGACAGCUACUUCCAGGGCAACAAUACCUGGAACACGGAGGACGAGGAAACUUGGUUCGCGGAGAGCAUGGAAGAUGCCCUCGACGGCGGUGUCAUGGCUGCGUCGCGCAAAGAGAGGAAGGCAGUGUUCCGGGCUGUACAGUCCGGCACGUUCGACGCGGACCUCCCGAUCGCACCGGCCAAGAAGGACAAGAAGGGCUCGCACAUCCCACCCGAGCUGCGCGACAUGUGGCAGCGUGACCGCGAGAAGAAGGCCGAGAAGAAGCGUGAACGCGAAGCUUUACGCAUGGCGUUAACAAUGGCCGGUCGUAAGGCGACCAAGCUUGGCAGCAAGUCUGCCGCCGCCAGCAUCGCGCAUCUGAUUCCCGGCAGCGCGUCCGAGGUCGCCGACAUGUUCGACGUCUCGGAUGACGACUGGAGCGGUAUCCCCACUCGCGGCGGCCGCGUCGCCCUCCUCCCUCUCACCCUCAGGCAGAUCAAUACUCAGAUCACGACCUUCCUUCUCGACAAUGGCAAGACCACCCUUCCCCUUCCCCCCAUGGACAAGGAGACGCGUAGGAAGGUCCACAUGCUCGCCGAGCUCUAUGACCUGAAGUCGAAGUCCAAGGGCAAGGGCAAUUCGAGGUUCCCGAUUCUCAUCAAGCUAGCCCGUUCGCGGAUGGCAGACGAGGACAAGCUUGAGCGCCUUCUCGCUGCGUCCGAGAAUGCCGGCCAGUCGUUCUAUAAGGCCCUCUACGCCCGCGGCUCCGGUAAGAAGGGACCCAAGGGACCGAGCGGUGGACCCUCCGCCCGCGUGCGUGACGGUGAGACCGUUGGUGAGGGCGCUGAGAAGAUUGGAGAAGACAAUGUCGGCCAUCGCCUGCUGAGUAUGAUGGGAUGGAGCGAGGGCGCCGCCAUUGGCCGAGCCGGAGGCCUCGACGUACCUUCCUCACGCACUGCGGCGCCUGCCGCUUCUUAUGUUCCACACAACUCCUUUGUUGUGACUAGAAACGCUGUGAUCACCCCCAAGUUCGCCCGGCUCGCCGAGACGAUAACGGAGCAACAUUCCAUGGAGUAA